CUGUAGGCGGAGAUAGGUCCAGUCGCCCUGAACCUCACCGACACAUCGGUGGGAGCCAACGGCAACGGUGUCAGCAGCAGCCCGACCGGCAACGCUGGCAAGCCUCCAGCUCUGCCCACCAGCAGCGCUUCCUCCUCGCCAGUGGGAGCCCCCCCUCCCCCCGGGGCCCGUCGACCCUCAUCCCCCGCCUCCCCAGGCCUCAAGCCUCCCUCCAAGGGCUCCCCCGGACGGGGAAAGGGCACCUGGAGGGUGGAGGACCUGGAGGGGGAGCUUGAGAGGAAGAUCAAGAUGCUGGAGAAAGAGCGGCAGGCCAUGAGGAAGGAGACGCAGGGCCAUCACGAGAAAAUCAACCAGGGCAUCGACACCGUCACCCACCGCGUCACUGAGCUGGAACACACACUGACAGAGCCGCCGUUCCCUGAUGGCUUUGUCCUCUCCUUCCCCAUGCGGACCGACUACAUGUACGGCCUGGUGAGGAAAGAGAUAACCGAGAUGUACGCCUUCACCGCCUGCGCAUGGCUCAAGGCCAAAGAAGGUGGCAUUGGGACUCCGUUUUCCUACUCCGUCCCAGGGCAGCCCAACGAGCUGGUGCUGCUGCAGGGGGUACACAAUCCUGUGGAGCUGCUCAUCAACGAUAAGGUGGCGCAGCUGCCUCUGACCCUGCCGCAGGACGAGUGGCAGCACAUCUGCGUCAGCUGGACCCUGAGGGACGGCGUGUGGAAGGCCUACCAAGGCGGGAAGAUGAAGGGAAAAGGAGAAGGACUGGCUGCCUGGCAUCCCAUCAAACCUGGGGGAGUCCUCAUCCUGGGGCAGGAACAGGACACACUGGGUGGGCGCUUUGAUGCCUCCCAGGCCCUGGUCGGGGAGCUGUCCCAGUUCAACCUGUGGGACCGGGUGCUGAAGUCCGCGGAGGUAGCCGCCCUCGCCGACUGCAACUCCUCGGCCCUGGGUAACAUCGCCCCCUGGACCGAUCACGACGUCGACGUCUAUGGCGGCGCCACCAAGGAGUCCUUGGACCCAUGUCACGCUGCCCAGAGGUCCAGUCCCACCAACCCCAAACAGUGAAGCCCGAACAGGGAAAGUGUUCAUCGUGGUUCUGUUUGACAGCUCAAAUUAGGAGCCAACUCAGAUGUUUAGAGAUGUGUCCAGUGGGGAGUUUAAAGUAUAAUUUAUAUGUUGGGAAAUGAUAAGCUCGCAGAGCGACUGAGAACGCCAUUAAGUCGUAAAAGAGUGGUGUAUCUGUUUCUGUUCUUUGUGUUGGUGUCUACGCUCACGUCUUUGCUUCUGCAGUGAGAAACAGUGAGUUCUGUUACAGAAUCGCCUUAGUGGAGGCUGCAUGGUGGAUCACCUUCUGGCAUUAGCACUUAACGGUGAAGCUUCAUACGAUGUCUGUCUUAAUAUCAUGUUGGAACAUUCACCUUUACAGCCUAGUUCAGACCGCUGGUCUGUUUACGGUUAUGGAAUUAACCUAUAACGAUGCCAAACCUGAGGCUUUCUCAUUCAUCGACAUAGAGACACAAAGUUCUGUACUCAUCUUUUGUCAGCAUCGUUGUGUUAAAUGCUACAACUGAUUUCUGACACACUCCUGUGGUAGUUCUGACUUUGUUGGUCAAACAAAAAUGAAAAGGGUUCAUUUUUCAACUGUAUAUGAUCCUGUUGAGUAUUGUCAAUGUGCUUUAAAGUUUUCCUUAUUGCUUACCAGGAUUUGGUAUAAGAGUUUUCUUCUAAAUAUGUAAUGUGUAAUGUGAAAUGUACUUACAGUAACGUUGUUCUGUGCUAGUCUGCUCCCCUGGCUGUAAGCCCCCGUCACACCUCACAGUCCUGCAGAGAAGUUGCAGAGAGUUUUGGUUCAGAACUUGGCAGCGCAGCUCUUUCUCUCGACCACUGAAUAAACACCUUACAUUUCACGAAGUGCCAGUCAGGCACUGGUUUUGUGAUGAGUUUGUCAAGAUUGUAGUUUCCUUGAAUGUAAGCCAGAUGGAAUGUAAGAAAAUUUGCAUGUGCGUUUUCUCCAUAGGCACAUUUCCUGCUGAGGAAAGAAACUUGCUGAUAUAUGUUGCUAGUCCCCCAAAACAUACAGAUGUUAUUGUGGGAAGGAAAGAGUAUGGGAUGGAUUGAGCACAUGAUGACCAUGUUCUUAAGGCCUGUUGCUACAGAGAAGAGCCUAAAUCUGGUUUGAUUAGGUGUGAAUGAACUCAAGCUUUUAUUGAACGUAGGAACUGCAUAACAAAGAAAUAAAGAGGAUAUGAUAUGAAUUAUUAAUUUAACUCAUAUAACACUUGAUCUAGACUGUCUGCUUUUUUGGACUGUGCCACUUUUGCCCUGCCAGUUUACGCUUUGUACUUUGUUUAUUUAGUAACAGAAACCAAAACCAUUUUCACUUCCUGCUGUAUUUAGCAAUAUUUACAGUUUGUUGAACCUCAUACUGAAUUUUUCUUUGGUGGAAAUGAAGAUUUUAGCACAAAAAGACUACACAGAAUUGCAACAAAUUAGUUACAAGCUAGUUAUCAUUAGUAUGUUAAUGUACUUGGUAUUGUAAGCACUGAACAUAGCAAAAGUGGUCAGUAGAAAUGCAAUGUUUGAUGCAUAGCCUUAAAGAUUGUCAGUUUAUUUAUUUAUUUAUUGUUGAAAAGUAUUUAUUCAUGCUCUGUCACAAGCGAGUCUCAUGCCAAAUUCAGAUCAGGGAAGAGACAGUUGGCUGAGUAUUGAAAAGAAUCUAAAGAACUAUUGCACAGGUCUUAAAGACACUGAGCUUGAACAAAUAUUUGUGAAUCUCUACAUAUUUGCCACAAACUUAAAAUAAGUGAAUUCUCAAAUAACAUAUACCAUUUGUUAAUUGCUGCUAUUGAAUUAUAAAUGUAUGCUUUCUAAACCGUAGAAUUUAGUUCUGUUUUUCUAUUUUUGUUAUGAUAUAUACAAUAAAAUAAUAAAAAAGAGAACCAUGGACUUUCUAGUAUCCACUUUAUCACUUUUGAGCCGACUGAAAACCGCUGUUCAGAGGUAAAGUCAGCCAAAACUAUUGUUUUAGGUAAAGGUUUGAUACAACAUAUCCAUUCAACACUGUGCAAAGAAAAUUGACUGUGGUUACAUUUUCAAUUCAGGCAGAUCUCUGGUUACUUAUUACCUCAAGACAUCAGCCCUACAUCAUGAGUUGACAUCCUGUUGUGAAGUGCCUGCUUGGGCUCUCAUGCCCUGAAAGGAUUAUCAGUUUUCUUUUUGUUCUAGCACUUUUCUUUCUUUUUUUCAUUUUCAUUUGCUAUUCUACUUUGUCCGUCUCUUUUCCCUAUUUAUGUAUCUAUCCUUUGUUUCACUGUUAAUGGCUGUGACUUUGCUGUGCUUGUCCAUAUUGGCAUCACCAC